ACGCCGUGGGUCAGAUCUGCAAAGGGGCGUUUGCCGGACGCUUCUGGUCUCUACAGGCCCCUGGGGGUGGGACAGGGGCCCUGGCAAGGCUGGGGUUGCUGUGGCAGUGGCUUGGGCUGGAGGACUUUCUUGCUGGGAGUUGAGGAGCCGAGAGGCUCCUGCCGGCUUGUCCUCAGCUCUUGGCACUGGCGGUGGCUUGGGCUUCACACAGUCAGACGCCUUCUUGGUGGCCUCAGUGGCCUCACAUUCAGGUUUGAAGCUGGCUUCCCGAGGGACACGGUGACAUGAGGAGCACCCCACUGACCCAUCUUCUGGCCGUCUCCUUCCUCUGCCUACCCUCAAUGGUGUGUGCCCAGCUGUGCCCAGUGUCCUGUACUUGUCCCUGGACACCACCCCAGUGCCCACCAGGGGUCCCCCUGGUGCUGGAUGGCUGUGGCUGCUGUCGGGUGUGUGCACGGCUGCUGGGGGAGUCCUGUGACCAUCUGCACGUCUGCGACUCCAGCCAGGGCCUGGUUUGUCAGCCUGGGGCAGGCCCCAGUGGCCGGGAGGCCGUGUGCCUCUUGGAAGAGGAUGACGGAAGCUGUGAGGUGAAUGGCCGCAGGUACCUGGAUGGGGAGACCUUUCAGCCCAAUUGCAGGGUCCUCUGUCGCUGUGACGACGGUGGCUUCACCUGCCUGCCACUGUGCAGCGAGAAUGUGAGACUGCCCAGCUGGGACUGCCCACGCCCCAGGAGAGUAGAGGUGCCUGGCAGGUGCUGUCCUGAGUGGGUGUGCGACCAGGGAGCGAGGCCGAGGAUCCAGUCUUACAGGGCCCAAGGACACCAACUUUCUGGCCUCGUCACUCCUGCAUCUGCUGAUGUCCCCUGUCCAAAAUGGAGCACAGCCUGGGGCCCCUGCUCAACCACCUGUGGGCUGGGGAUAGCCACCCGAGUAUCCAACGAGAACCAGUUCUGCCAGCUAGAGAUCCAGCGCCGUCUGUGUCUGUCCAGACCCUGCCUGGCUGCCGGGAAUCGCAGCUCAUGGAACAGUGCCUUCUAGAGCCAGCUGGAGAUGGAGAUUCUCAGCAGGUGUCCCUAGGACCUGGCCCUGGACUGAUGGUAGAUGCUCCUUUCCAUGCUCUUGGCUGUAGUUAACUGUCCUGGUUAGGUUUCUCGUCCACGGCCACUGAGGGUUGCCUGUUCUGUCUGAGGUAGGUGGAACAAAUGACCGACUCCAUUACUCUAACGCAGCCUGGGAUUCUGACCCAGGCUUCUGGGCUCUCCUGGCUUGUUCCUUAUCAAAUGUGCACACGGGACAGCUUUCUCUUCAAACUUCACCAUACAAAAAAAAAAAAAAGACCACAGAAAGGAUCUUGAAAGCUAAGCUGUGCUGGGCAAGCCUCGCCACGGUGCUGGGGACAAUAGGGGUCAGGGGACACCAGGAAGCAGAUUGCCUGAAACUCCCAAUUCCCUUCUUGGACUUCUAUGCACUUGUUCCCAAAGUCAAGAUUAUGAGUGGACUAGUGAGUCUGGCUUCCCUGAUCUGAGAACACCUUACCUGUCUGGGAGUUCAGUGGCAGAAUUCUCUGUGAACGUGAAGAGAUGAAGUCAUACUGUCCUGAGGAGCAUCAGCAAGAUCCAUGAACUUCACUCUGUAUUUGUAAGAAUGCAGAUUUCUUAAGCACUCGAAAAGCAUGAAGUUCACAGCUCCACACUCCAGCAGGCCAGGCCUCUUCAGCGUGACGAAGAUGAGGGACAGUGGAGUGCCCUCUUCUGGAGGAUGGGACCAGCCAGAAAUAAAAAGCUAAGCCACGUGCGGAA